AUGGGAACCACAGGACAUUUUGUACCACCGACUUUAAUAUUUGCUCGCAAAAACUUUAAAAAUGAGUUAUUAGACGGUGCUCCUCUCGGAACUCUUGGACUUGUACAGGAAAAUGGUUGGAUGACUGGUCCACUGUUCCUGAAAUGGCUGCAGCAUUUUUCCAAAUACGUUAAACCUUCUGCAGAAGAUAAAGUUCUCCUUAUCGUAGAUGAUCAUGCCAGUCACAAAAACUUGAAGGUUCUUGAGUACGCUAAAAGUCAUAGGAUAAUUCUUGUAUCUUUACCCUCCCAUUGCACCCGCACCCAUAGACUACAGCCACUCGAUGUUUCCUUUUUCGGCCCGCUUAAAAUAUUCUACGAUCAAGAGAUUUCUAAAUGGUUAAGGGAACAUCCGGGACGAGUGGUCACGCAGUACCAAAUUAGCUCAUUACUUGCAGUUGCCUAUGGAGAAGCUGCCACAGUAAAAUCAGCGACAAAUGGCUUUGAGAAAUGUGGCCUUUUUCCUGUGAAUCCCGACAUUUUUGAGGAACAUGAAUUUGCGCCAAGCGAUACAACGAAUCGUCCAAACAACAGUGUUGCUCGGGAUGAAGAUGGCCUGUCGCAAAGUCAAAGAUCGACAGAAAAUCCAGAAGACCCUAAUUCUUUGACACCAGAACGCGUUCCCGUUAUUUAG